AGCGGACAGACGGCGAUGAAGCACCAAAGGCAAGCCUGGCGGAAGACGACGACGACAACGAAGCCAAUGGCGACCGCGCGCGGCCUGCAAGACAAGAUUGAUGCCUUUGAGAAACAGGCCGUCAACGCUGCCGCCACCAUGACACCUGAAAACGACGGCCAGCAGCGCGCUGUGGCUCCGCCGGACAGCGCAGCCCGUGCUGGUGCGCAGGCGCCAAGCUCCGGGAACGCUGCGAGUGGAGAGGCCGCCACGGACGUGCCUCGGCGGCACCAGCUGCUGGCACGCACUCUGAUGAAAGCGUUCAAGUCUACUGAUAAAACGCGUGUGGGUAUUCCAGCGCGUUCACGGAUAUGCGGAUGCCCCGAGACGCCACCAAGAGGCAUGCUUCGCCGCAGCCGGCAGCGGCAGGCCACGGGAGACGGAGCCGCCACCGCGCAGCCGCCUCGUCAGAUGAUGGUGCUGCGAGGCCUGGUGGCGCUGGCCGCGUUCCUGGCGGCCGCCUCUUUCCUGCUGAGCGCCAUGUUCCUGGCGCAGUCGCUACGCUCCGAGCACACCCGCCAGCUGCAGAAAGUGGCUGUCGCCCCGCCGGUGCCCAUGCAGGCCCCGGUGCCAUACGUGCCACCUGCUCAAGAAGCCAGCGCGGAGGCCGUCCACGAGAAACGACACAAGCGGCGUCGCGGUCGGCGCAGGCGGUUGCCCCCGGAGCUGCGCGAACCUGUGCCCGGCGCGCGUCAACACGAGGACAAUGAGGCGACCGACGCCGAAGACGCUAGCCUCGCCUGAGUGGCUUUACCGGUGGGCAUGUGCGCCUUCACGGGCCCCGCAAGCUGAGAAGCCCGAAGCGCGCAGCGCGUCCCAUGCGCUGCCCGUCUCUUCAACGCGCGGCGCUCCGGAAACUUUUGUGGUGCUCUGAAAACGUCUGUUGCUGAACUUGCGCGCUAAUUAGCAGGCGCGUAAACGGAAAUGUUAAGCGCUACGCCGACGGCCUGCGAGUCUUGUUUGACGCUCUGCAAAAAAAAAAAAGGCUUGGCUUGGUA